CAGUCAAUUCAAACUGGAAACAUAAUUCCGAUGAUCUUGAGCUGGGCUGCACUGUGCUGUUCGACUUCGAGUUUCCAUUUGACUUUGUGAUUCGACCCGCAUAUGCCUGGUGCUUCAGGAGUACAGUAUUAUUAUUUGUUAGGAUAGCUAUUCCUACCGCAAACUCAGGUAAUAAAGGUCCUUCUUUUAUUCCAAUCGUGUAUCGUCAAGGCUAGAGCGUCACCACCUUGGAUGUAGCUGUAAGGCUGCCUGUAGUGGUUGAAGAUGGGAAAGAAAAGCUCGAAGAAGAAGAUGAUCGGCUCUCCUUAUGGACAAGGCGGCUUUCAGAAAUCCCCAGGCUCUCAGUCAUGGCGUAGAAAUUCUCCUGCAGGAACACCGCGUUACCAGCGGACAGUAGGCUUGAACAAGGCCAGUACUAAGUCUCCUGGGAAGGCAGUAAUCACACCUCAUGCUGCUAGUCCCGGCGCUAUCGCCACUCUGCAAGACCAUAAAGUUUCUUUCAGAGAUGACUCUCAGGGCAAUGCCGACGAUACACAUCCACUUACAGACCUUCACCUCAAGCCAGUGGGCAGGGCGGCUGACCUGAUGACGAAAGUUAUUGUUGUAGAAGGGCCUGCUAAGACAGCGUGGCGGCGACUCCCUCGUGGAACACACAGUCGUAACAAGAAACUGUCUGCAAAGGAAAGACGUUCGCUUGGUAUUGGCCGCUUUCCAAAGGGUGAGCAAAGAUUUGAUCUGUUUCUCCCACUGCACGACCUAUGGCGACAGUAUAUAACAGAGCUGCUCUCGCUCAAAUCUUCUAGGUUCCCGCACGUUCUCGAAUCGAAAUUGCAGAAAGCCGACUACCACGGAUGUCUUGUUACUGUUGCCAAGUCUCGCUGCCCAAGCUAUGUUGGGACCACGGGCAUUAUCUUGCAGGAACUGCAGAAUGUCUUCAAGAUCGUAACGAGGGCAGACUGUGUCAAAGUUAUCCCGAAGGCACACACUGUGUUUACAUUUGAGCUAGGUGGCUUUCACAUGACUCUCUAUGGCAAUCAGCUGGGCUCAAGGGCCAGUGAACGCUCAGCCAAGAAAUUCAAGUCCAAGCCAACUAUUGAUCUGUAAAUGCGAGCAGAACGUGCUGCUACAGGAGAUCGUUGAGCACAUAGACCAACACAACUGCUUGGGCUGGCCGCAGUAUGAAAGGUAGCCGGUAUACGCACGGCUGGGCAGCUACGGGGACGGAUCGCUUCUAGUUAGUUUUGAAUGCCUGCACUGCUUUUUGCACCGCAGUACCAAUGUAUCACAGUACCAAGGCAUCGCAAUACCAAGGCAUCUUAGUACCAAGGCUUCUUGUGUGCCAGGUGAUACGUGGCUUGUAGUCUUUGUUCACUGUCCCGACUUGUCAGCACAAGGUCCACACACCAGAAGGCCACAGUGUCAACAGCCAUGUCCAGCCUGUAUGUCUUCAAUCACUCAACGCAGCCAGCCACCUGUGCUCAAAUGUCUACUUUUGGAGAAUGUGAGUACGACUGCUAGUCAAAUGUUUACUCUCGAGUUUCCGUGGACAGCAUAUUACAUCGUGAUAGUGUAUUGGGUUCUCGGCUGGGCUGCUGCUGGACUCUCAGGCGCGGGUACAUCAUGGAGAUGCUUGGUUGCAAUGAUCAUGAGUACGAUAAGCCGGGUAGCAAUGUUUUCCUUCGUUGCUACACCAGUGCCUUGGUCCUGGCCCGUGCUGCGACCCGUGGACUUCAGUUCAUUGCCGUAUUUGGCGAAGUGAUGACCGUAAUGGUCAAGUACAGUAUUCUACAGGCACUGAUGUCAAUGCAACCGUUUCCGGUAUUGUCUCUACGUAGUCCCGUCAUCAUGCGGCUCCUACAAGCUCUCUCUCUCUCUCAUGGAGGUAAUUAUUUGAUGGCAAACCACUUUCACCUAUCUCCAAUUCUUUGUUUUACUCCUUCUGGGCCAUUCCAGUGUACUUCUCUGCCUCCCUUGAAUGGAUCCUAGUUUUGAACCACAUGCAGGUCAUGUGAUUUGUGACAACAAACCUAAAAAUGA